AUGUUGAGCAUCACAGUCCUCGCCGCACUCCUGGCCUGCGCCUCCAGCUGCGGGGUUCCCAGCUUCCUGCCCAAUCUAUCAACCCGAGUGGUAGGAGGAGAGGAUGCCAUACCCCACAGCUGGCCCUGGCAGAUCUCCCUCCAGUACCUCAAGGACAAUACGUGGAGGCACACCUGUGGUGGUACCUUGAUUGCCAGCAACUACGUCCUCACGGCUGCCCACUGCAUCAACAAUGCUCUCACCUACCGAGUGGGCCUGGGAAAGAACAACCUGGUUGUGGACAAUGAGGAAGGCUCCCAGUUCGUGUCUGUGGAUACCAUCUUCGUCCAUGAGAAGUGGAACUCUUUCCUGGUGCGCAAUGACAUCGCCCUCAUCAAGCUGGCUGAGCCCGUGGAGCUGAGUGACACCAUCCAGGUGGCCUGCCUGCCCGAGGAGGGGUCCCUGCUACCUCAGGACUUUCCCUGCUACGUCACUGGUUGGGGCCGCCUUUGGACCAAUGGUCCCAUCGCAGAUAACCUGCAGCAGGGCCUGCAGCCAGUGGUGAAUCACUCCACGUGCACGCAGAGUGACUGGUGGGGCACCAUGGUGAAGGAAACAAUGGUGUGUGCUGGAGGCGACGGCGUCAUCUCAGCCUGCAACGGGGACUCGGGUGGUCCACUGAACUGCCAGGCAGAGAAUGGCUCCUGGGAGGUGCGUGGUAUUGUCAGCUUCGGCUCAGGGCUGGGCUGCAACACCCGCAAGAAGCCCGCGGUCUACACCCGUGUGUCUGCCUACAUCGACUGGAUCAACGAGCCUGUGCUGGAUGCAAUGGAGGCUCAGGAGAAGGAGGAGACCCCGGUGCAGCCCUCAGGGGCUCAGGUGUGA